CUUUUCAUCUUUGUUAUAAAAACAAGUACGCUUUUUUCAAUAUGGGUAAAGACUGGCUGCAUUGGAUUGUCGGCGGCGGAGGCGGCGGCGGCGGUGGAAGGUCCUCCGCCAGGAGAAGAAGAAGAACCGCGUCUGGAGAAAUGGAAGAGGCCGCCGCAACUUCAGCCGGCUGCAUGUGUGCUGUUUUCCAUCUUUUUGAUAUGCACCAUUUUCAUCGGUUCCCUCUGAAUCACCAGACCUCCGCCGCCGGUUUCCGCCCAACCAUUAAUCCCUCCCUCCAUGAAGAAGCCACCACUUCUAAAGUUGCAGGAGCAGAGGCACCAAGAAACAGUUUGGAGGUGGAGGAGGCGGAGCCAAUCGCCGCCAUUAAUGCUGCUUCUUCUUCAAAGCCAUUACCCAUUAAAGAAGAAGCAAAUUUAAAUUUCCCUAUUGGAAUUCAAAUAAUCAAGACUCCAAGGGUAUCGAUUUCCGGUCCAAAAUCAAGAAGAGAUGAAUUUUCAUCAGAAAGCAGCUGCAAUUCACCAGGAAUCAAAACACCAACCCUAGUAGCUAGGCUUAUGGGCCUUGAUUUACUCCCAUCACAAUCCAACUCUCCUUCGAAACCGACCCCGAAAACAAAACAGAGUUCAAACAGAGCCUUUCUCGAUCACGAUUUCGGCGCUGAUAUCCGUUCUUUACCGGAAACUCCAAGGGUGUCAUCCGCCCGAAGAUCCGAUGUAGAUUACCACCACCACCACCACCACCACAGGCUAUCUCUCCAAAUAAACAGAGACAAUACGAGCGAAGAAGAAUACUUCGCUGAGAAAACAACAGCGGCCGCUCGUAGAGGAAGACGAGUGACGCAAGACGAGAAUGUAAUGAGCCCGGGGCAUUACGCUAAGCAGGUUGUGAAGCACGUUAGAGAAAAGGUGAGCAGACGAGUUGUUGGUGCAGACAUUACCAACACAACCGGCAGAAACGGAAGGGACGACGAAAACCUUAUCCCCAAAAAAAGUCCGAGGUUUUCGUCUCGAUUUGAAGGUGAAACUGAAAUCGUGACCGCUGAUCAUGUUAGGGAUUCUAAUUCGCCAAGGCUGAAAUUCUCGGACACUAACAACAACAAAUCGAACAACAAAAGCCCGAGAUCAGUUCCGUCGUCUUCUGAUACUAAUCAUAAUCAUAAUAACAAGCAGCAGCAUAAGGAAAACGAGAAUGCUGUUGUUAUUGUUAGCGGCGGAAAAUGUAGUUCUUCGUCGUCGUCGUCCCGUGUGAAGAAAAUGAUGCCCCGUCAAGCUUCUGAUCAUACAAUCAAAAACAAGAAAGACGAGGUGUUUGUUCAUUCGACAACUGCAAUGAAUAAAUCGAAGAAAGCUUCGUUUUUAUCGAGUGAAGUUCUGCAUAUAAGCAGCCCUACACUUGUGCAAAUCAAGAGAGAUCCUUCUCCACCUCCAACUAAAUUACCCCUUAAACAGGUGAAAUUGCAGAAACAGGUAUUAUCAGAUGCUCCUUCAUCGGAAAAGAGCACACAGUUAUCUAGUAAACCGAGCCAUUCGUACAACCAGCCAGAUAAUAUAAUAUUUUCUCGACUCACCGAAAACGUACGACACAUACCAGAUUGCGCCACCCCUCUCCGCGGCGGCGCUGUGACGGAGUACAGAGAUUACAUCCAUAUAAUCCUCCAACGCGCUGGCAUCAUCAACAAUCCGUUAAAUUUACCCAAAUGGUGCACCCCUUCACACCCAAUUGACCCCUCGAUCUUCCACCACGUCGAAUUAUUCCACCCUACCACGACCGUCACCGGCGGAAAUUCAAUUUUAAGCCACCGGUGCAACAGGAAGCUGAUUUUUCAGUUGGUGAACGAGCUUUUAGGGGAAAUUACCAGGCCCCGCUUCGUUAUCCGGCCGUCGAUUUCUCAGAUCUGCGAAGAUUCCCAAUUUCGGUUGGUUGACGAAUUGUGCAAGCGAAUCGAUGAUUUUCCGGCGGCGAAUUGUCUGGUUCUAGAAGAUAUUGAUUCAUUAAUCGAUAGAGAUUUGCGUCAGCCCCAAUUAAAUUGGCGUGUUGAGGAAGAGGAGAAGGAGAGCAUAGUGUGUGAAAUUGAAGGUGAAAUCAUGGAGUGGUUAGUGCGUGAGACGGUGGUGGCGAUGGGGUGGCGGCGGCGGAGCCAACCGAACCGAGAGUGACGGAUGCCACGUGGAGGGCAACGUUCACGUGGUGAGAUGCCAUUUGUCGGUCUAAUGGAUCUUACGUGGAGGAGGAGGCCUACUAGAUAUAUAAUAAUAAUAAUAUAUAUUUAUAUUGACAAAUUCGGCUAUAUAUAUAUAUAUAUAUAUAUUUUUUUUUUUCUAUCUAUUUUAACAUUUUCUUUUUUUUCUCUUAGAUUUGAUGUAAUUAACUCACUGUAAAUAAUAGGCGAGUUGAGGUCAUGACGUCAUGUAUCUGUUUCUGCUUUUGUAAGUUUUUCUUUUUACAGUACCUUUAGAUUUCAAUUUCAGAAUAUUGAAUCUCAAUAUUAAUAUUUACAUAA